AUGUCGCGAAGAAACGGCGCGCCGCAAGCGUCCAAGGACUCUAUGCCGCCGGCGGAGGAUCUUACGCAAGACAAGCAGGUCCGUCUACUUAGCCAGGAUGCCGGUCACUUCUCCCUCAUCCGCGCCCUCCACCUUGCAGAUUUCAUUACCGAGCUCAAUGGCUUCUGUGGUGUCAUGUCCGUCUUCUCAUCGCUCCGCUAUUGCAUUCAAGACAACCCGCACAACUACACCAACCUCUACCUUGCGCUAGGCUUCGUGCCGCUCGGCUUGUUCUUCGACUUCAUGGACGGCAAGGUUGCUAGAUGGAGGAAGAAGGCCAGUCUGAUGGGCCAGGAACUGGACUCUCUCGCCGACUUGGUACGCGCCCCUCUUUGCACCACUAACACCACAAACCAGGUGUCUUUCGGUGUAGGUCCCGCCGCCGCCGCCUUCAGUCUCGGUCUCCGCACACCUGUCGACCACCUGCUGCUUACCUUCUUCGUUCUCUGCGGUCUCACUCGUCUUGCGCGCUUCAACGUCACUGUCGCCAUGGUUCCCAAGGAUGCGUCUGGCAAGUCUCAGUACUUUGAAGGCACGCCGAUUCCCAUGUCUUUGAUUCUCGUGCAAACCAUGGCAUUCUGGGUUUACAAGGGCUGGACGCUGGCACAGAUUCCUUUGGGCUUGUGGUUGGAGGGAUCGGCCUUGGAGUUCCAUCCCGUCGUGUUCAUGUUUGUGCUACAUGGUUGUCUCAUGGUCAGCAAGACCCUACAUAUACCCAAGCCGUAG